AUGGCGGAACAGCGGCUGCAGCCGAAUGAGAUCCACCUCAACGCCUGCCUCAGCGUGUGCGAGGCAUCCGGAGCCUGGCCAUUGGCUGUCCGCCUCCUCGCGCGUCCGCCCGCAGAACUUCCUGUUCACAGGAGCACCGUGGCCUACAACACCACCAUCAGUGCCUGCGAGAAGGGUCACCAGUGGGAGCUGGCGCUGCAGCUCGGGCAGCAGAUGUCGGACAAGGCAGCCCCGAAGGACCACAUCACGUACGGCGUCUGCAUUCGCGCUUGGGAAAAAGCUGGCCUUUGGCAGCACGCGCUGGGCUUGCUUGAGGAUAUGGGCCGCGUGGCCCUCCAGAAGGAUACGGUGUGCUGCAGUGCCGCCAUCAGCUCCUGUGCCAUCCUUGGAGCAGCGAGUCUUCAGAUUGCAAGUCAGAAGGCAUCGCGCGGGACGUGGGAAUCUACGGAGCCAGCAUCAGUGCCUGCGAGAAAGGCACACAGUGGCGGAGCGCCUACGCGCUUCUGCACCAACUGGACAUUGAGGGCCUCCGCAGCAACGAGGUGA